AGGAUGUUUGUUUAGUGUUUAGAAUGCAAAAGUCACAACACAGAACAAACAGUGAAUAAAUCCUUAUAUACCGUAGCGAGUCGAUAAGCUUAUUUAUAUCCUGACAAGUGUGGGUACAAAUUAGUGGCAUAUUUGUAAAAUCCUUCCAGAGCUAGUGCCAACAUGUACAAUGGCUUCUAGAGUGUCACGAUUGUAGCAUCACUUGAGGAAUAUCACUUUAACAAAGGACGUAAGCUGACAGACAAGUCAGCUUUAGUAUAUUCUUUAGCUGAGCAUAAUCAGCUAGAGCUGUGAAAAUGGUCUUGGAAAAAGAAGUCAUUUACAGUGAACUUUAAGUGUUCAGUGCUCCAGUCGGUAACAUUGGGGAAAAUUCAAAUUUAUUUCAUUAACUGUCCUUUUCUUCUUUCCUUAUGAGUUACUGCACAUACCCAACUUGUUUUGACAGGUACGUCUAUCAUCAGAGAUCAGAGACCUGCUGUGAACUGCUUUAUGAGCAGAUUUAGAGCUGUCUGUUAGGGAAUUAUUGCAGUGCUUUUUGCUUUAGUUAGUUUGUUCCCAUAAAAAUCAUGAUUGGCUCUCAUUAAGAUUCUGCUUAUCUCACGGUGUGACGUGUCAGAUAAACCUUCAAAGGCUUUCUUCAUACUUUUGGGAAAUCCCACAUCAAAGGCAAUCACAUGCUAAAAUGUCAGAUUUCAAACUAGAAAUUCAAGAGCAUCAAAAAAACGACAGAUAUGAAGGCUGAAAACUGCAAGCUAAGGACGAUUGUGUGUCUUGCUUAAUUGAAUGCACUAUAUCCAGCAGGUGUUGGUUUCUGGAGGUGUCAUCAAUAAUGAAUGGUUGCUGUGGAAAGUGUGUGUUUUACAUACAUAUGCAGGGCUCUACAGUGCGCACAUCUCACUCACAUUUGCUCCUGAAAAUAACUGUGUGCGACUGUGAAAAAAUAUUUAGGUGCACUGGUGUGAGUGAUCCGAUCAGUUCUCAUGAAUAGAUCCACAAUCAUAAUUAAAAAUUCCCAAAAUGCAUCUAAACUGAACAGUAGUUAUUGUUGAAUGGUGGGUGGGUUCAUUAUUAUUCUUAAUGAAAAACACAACAGCAAAACAGUACAAUGACAAACUCGCUUAAAUAUGCAAUUUUACAUUUCGCUUGUCAACCAAAUGUUCAUCCAUCGUCUUGUCAUUCAGAAAAAUGAGGUGAAAUGGGCGUAGUGAGGUGAAAUCUGACUCCUGCUGCUGAUCCGUGCUGCGACUCUCGUUCGGCUCACUGAAUUUAGCAGACGCGUUCCGUUUUAACCGUAGUGUCUAUUCUCUAACUGAACUAAAUGAUGAUUAUUAUUACUAUAAAAAAAUAUCAAAACGACGGUGGGACCGGUGCCGCGGUCACGGUGGGCAAGUGAUAUAACCGGUGUUGCUGCUGAACACCAUAACACAGUCAAUCUCAGCAAGCCUAAUAUGUGUAAGUUAAGUAAUUUCACAUGAGUAGACUUCUGUUUCUCUGAGUAUUGACAUUAUUGCAAAUGUGAUACUUACUGAUCUGAUUGAAGUCCAAUAAAAAAGCUGAUAUUAAGUGACAAAAUUUUAGCCACAAUACUGUCUGUUUUUGCUCGAUUUCGUGAAAAGAAACAAAGCCACACCAGAACUGUUGCGCAUCUCCAAGCAACGGUGAUUCCUGAAUGAAUCUGCGUUUUGACGAUUGAAUGAAUGACUCGCACAUUAAGAUUUACCGCCACCUACUGGCGGUUUUAUUUUCAUAUUUACAUUUAUUUUCAUAUUUACACUUUACAUAGCUUGUUUUUACUUAAAAUAUUAAACUUUUAAAGAUAUUAUAUUUAUAUUUAAAAACAUUCAUACAACAUUAUUUACCCAUGAGCUGCAUGAAGCAGUCUAUGUAAAUGUCUAAAUAAUACCACUUCAGAUGGAGCUUCUGUGUCACUUCUGCAGUGCAACGAUGGAUUUUUUGAUGAUUUCUUUUGAUUGGUAACAGUCUGAUUGGGUCUUAUUGUUGUAAUUGAAUUUAUUGUUUAACAUUUAAAAACAAAUUUUAUAUUUUAAUUUAAGAAGUUGAUUAAAUAUGAUGCAUGCAUUUAAUAAGAUUAGAAAAAUUGCUCUUAUAAUGGUACAAAUGCCCCAGGAAAUUAAUUUAAAGCAGCAAAUAUCGCCCUUUAAUGGGAAAGUUAAUGUCUGUUAUUGAUCAGAAAGUGCUCCUAAAUUUUUGACUGUGCUCCUAAAUUUUUUUUAUUAGGAACACAAGUGCUCCUAAAGAAAAAUGUUACUGUAGAGCCCUGAUAUGCACACACACUCAUACACACAGUGAAAACAGAGAGCAGAUUGUCAGUGAGGCUGCAGUGUACUGAGAGAUCUCUCACUGUUAGAGCUGUUUUCUAUCACUGACUGACUCUGAACACCCUAAACAGAUGGAGGCUGGCAAACACUCGUCAGGAAGCUUCUGGACACGAGUAUGAGUUUCUCUUUCUACCUCUGACUGUCCAUUUCUCCCUCUCUUCCUGUAUACUGUAUGUAGAGGCCUGCAGUGAGAGAUGGAUCGAGUCUUUCACUCAACAGAUUUGUUUAAAAUAGUUGUGUAAGAGUCCAUCAGUUUAAUCCAGUGUGAAAAGAUGGAUCUCAAAAUCAUACAGUCACUCUGAGAAGGUUCAAAUAUGCAGAAGAUGCUGGAAAAGCAAAGAAUGUGCAGGACCUGGAAAAUGUUUCUGAUGAACAGUGGACAGUUAAACUAUUUAGGACGAACAAGGGACAUCACAAAACAAAAUAUUAUCCAGGUAAUGACACACAAUGUUAAUAAUCAAAUGUAAUGUAAACCUUUGAACGGUGUCACCUUUUACAGUUUUUUUUUAUUCAGCUUUGAUUAAAAAAGAAGAAAUGAUCAACAUUUUGCAGAUUUUGAAAGGUGUAUGUAAACUGACCACAACGUGUUUCCUCUGUUUGGACUCUGUUUGGUUUUCGUUGGCAGCAUUUCUCCCUGAUUUGUUUGUUAUCAUAGCUACAGAUUUGAUUUUGUCAUUCAGUUCAGGUGUGUGUGGUUCAUUUUUUCUUUGUACAGAUGACAACAUUAUCAAAACUAUCCCCGUUCACAUGGAUCGGCGAAAAUGACUAAAAACACUGUAUUACGCAUGCCAGACAAGUAGUUGGCGAUGUCACUUAAAUAAAGAUUACUAAAAAUUUCUCCGUUUUUAGUUGAAAACGUUGUUGUGUAAACAGCCCCUACGUUCAUGUGUGUUCUCCUUGUUUUUUGUUGGGUCUCAUCUAUGGUUGUUGUGUUGCUUCGCUCCUUUGUACAUUGGAUUUAGCUGUGGAUGUUUUUAAACUCUAUUUUGAACUUGAACCUUCAUCUUCGUGCACUUCAUACUACACAACUCAUGACAGAACACCCAACUUAGAAGUGAUUUCAUGUAACAACUGUCACUUAUGAUCAAGUUAAUGUAUCACAUUUAUUUAAUGUGUAUAUUUAAUAAACAUUUCACAAGAAAUACUAUAUCUUCAUAUCAAUAAAAUGUUAAUUUCAGUUAAUUAUUAAAUUAUGGGCUGACAAUUGCCAAAGACCCAUUACUUAAGUUUUAAUGCUGGCGUUUCUUCACUAUGUUCAGUUAUGUUAUUUAUAUUGCAUAGGCCUACACAUGGAUCCUGUUAUUUACAGCCAAAUAAUAGAUCACAAGACCCAUAUGGCUCAUGUUGGUUUAUCAAAAAAUGAGAAGACUUGAACGUUUGAUGUUGUCGUGGUGUAACUUGAAUGGAAAAGACUUGGUUACAAAAAGCUUUGAAGAGCAAACAGUGUGCAACUUUAUUUAUUCAUUUAUUUAUUUAUUCAUUCGUCAUUUUUUAAAUUGAAUUUCAAAAAUACAAAACAAUUCAGUAUGUUCUCAAGACAUUUAACAAACAAUGUUUGUCCACAUAAGGGUGCGAUAACUACAAAAAUAAAUAAAAUGAAAAUGAAAGAGCAGCACAAACAUAUAUUAAAUUCAUUGGCUGCACUGACGUCAUGCGCAUGCACUCGGAGGGCAGUCGAAUUCGGGCAGGCAGUCGAAUUUCGGCACAACACCGGCUCACUUCGAGCACUGCUGACACUUUUUGAGCAAACUGUGAUGUUGCAUUCUUGCACAUUUCAAAUGUCUGGAUCUCUGAUUCUAAUAAACAAGGGAAAUACACACACUGUUUAACUAUUUCCUUUAUUUGUGACCCUGGACCACAAAACCAGUCAUAAGGGUCAAUUUUUUGAAAUUGACAUUUAUACAUCAUAUGAAAGCUGAAUAAAGCUUUCUGUUGAUGCAUGGUUUGUUAGAAUAGGACAGUAUUUGGCCGAGAUACAACUAUUUGAAAAUCUAAUCUGAGGGUGCAAAAAAAUCAAAAUAUUGAGAAAAUCACCUUUAAAGUUGUCCAAAUGAAGUCCUUAGCAAUGCAUAUCCACUCACAAAAAUACAUUUCUGAUAUAUUUAUGUUAGGAAAUUUACAAAAUAUCUUCAUGGAACAUGAUCUUUACUUAAUAUCCUAAUGAUUUUUGGCAUAAAACAAAAAUCUACAAUUUUGACCCAUACAAUGCAUUGUUGGCUAUUGCUACAAAUAUACCCGUGCAACUUACGACUGGUUUUGUGGUCCAGGGUCGCAUUUUCUAAAUAUAUAGCAACGUUUUAGUUUUCGUAUUUCCCAUUAAUAAAGUAAAUAAAUGCAUACCAUCAUGUGCAGACAUACAUCGCUAGCAAUCUCUUACAAUGCCUUAUUUAGGGUUUUAUGAUCCUUUAAUUUAUAGAUAUGACUGGUGUAUUAGUUUGAAUACUGUUUUAUAAGCAGAUCAGACUGGCAAUAAGAGAGGGCAGUUGAUAAAGGAGAUCAGCGUGAUUAUUACAGAAAUACAGGGCUAGAUGGGAUAGAAGUCUUUUUCUUUAACUCUGAGUCUAAAGAAUGUCCAGCUGCAACACAGCUUUAUGGAAUGUCCAGAGUGAUAUCACUGUGACAUCACUGUUUAAAAAAUUAGAAUGUUCAGAAUCUGUAUUAUACUCAGUCUGCUUGGUUGUCUGUAUUACUGCAUGUUCUGAAUUAGUUGAAUAUAGUAGUCCAACGUCUGCUUUAUUGCAAGAUUCAUUCUUCUGACAAAAAUAUUCAGUCUUCAAGUUUCAUUUUGCGUGAUUGCAUAUUGCCGCUUGAUCUAAUAGUCUAUAUUCAAUCUUGAAGAUUGUCUACAAGACUAAGAUUGCGCAGUUGUCUCAAAGAUUCAGCUAGUUGUCAACAAACAGCCAUGCUGAUCGCUGCAAGUUUGUUGCUGUUACAAUAUUGCUAUACCAAGGUGAACACUCACUCACCUAAUGGAAAGCAAUUGACGAGCAGCAAACAAGCAAAAAUGAAGACAACAAAGGGACAACUGGAGCGUCAAGCAAAAUAUCGAGGCCUUAAUGUCAUUCUUGAUAAGGAGGAAGAUGCUCUGUUCAGGACAAGCCCAACUUUGAAAGUGUUUGAGACUCCCACCGCCUCUGAGACUCGCACUGCCUCUCCGACUUCCACUGCAUCUGAGAUCGAUGCUGCCUCUCCGACUGACACUAUCUCUGAGACUGACCCCAACUCUGAAAUGACACUGCCUCUUAAGCUGACAGUGCCUCUGAGACUCACACUGCCUCAGAGGCUCACACUGCCUCAGAGACUCACACUGCCUCUCAAACUGACAUUGUCUUUCAGACUGACACUGUCUCAGGGACUGACUCUGCCUCUGAGACUGACACUGCCUGUGAGACUGACAAUGCUGCUCAGACCAACACUGUCUCAGAGACUGACACUGCCUCUUAGACUGACACUCCCUCUUAGACUGACACUAGCCCUCAGACUGACACUGCCUUGGAAACAACACUGCCUCUCAAAAUGUCUUUUAACUGAGACUGCCACCGCAUCGGAGACUGGCACUGCAUGGGAGACUGUCACUGCCUCUCAGACGGUCACUACAUUGGAGACUGGCACUGCCUCUCAGACGGUCACUACAUCGGAGACUGGCACUGCAUGGGAGACUGUCACUGCCUUUCAGACGGUCACUACAUCGGAGACUGGCACUGCCUCUCAGACGGCCAUUGCCUCUCAAUUGCCCCUGGAUCUCAAACUAUUGCAUCCACUGUCUCUGACACUCCCGCUCCCUGAAGACCUGAACCCCUUUUAACAUCUGUCUUCUCUAUAUACAAUGCA